AUGAUUGCACCGGCAUCAGCAGUGCACUCCAUGUCAGUGAAUCUGCUAGGCUCAAAUGAUAUAUUUAUGGACAGCUCAAACAAAGGCGACUCAAGAGGCGAUGUAAUUGAUCGAGGAAUCGUCAGCGAGGAGUUCGCUCGCAUGAUGUAUGACCGAUUUACGGGUGGAUCAAAAAACUUCCUUGGGCUUUUUGAUCCCAUUCGCGACACAUUUGACUCCAUUCGGUCACGGUCUUUGUUCUGCUUCACGGUGAUCAUCUACUUGGCUAGUCGAGCUGUAUCAGAUCUUCGUGGAGACACACAUAUGCAGCGUGUCUUACAAGAUGAGGCACAACGUUUGGCAGAAGACAGUUUCUUUGAGCGACCCACUAAACUGGAAACAGUACAAGGGAUGAUUCUCCUGGCAGCUUAUUCCGAGAAGACGUGGUUCUCAAUCGCUCUUAUUCUCCGCACGGCCUUGGAUUCCGGGUUGGAGAAGUCACUGGACACAUUGUUAUCACAAGAGACCGUUCCCCGGAGUUCUCUCUCUGCUUCUAUGGCGGAACGUCAACUAGACGCAAGUCUCGAAUUGCGGAGGUUGAUGUCUCGAAGCUACGCCGGUUCCUUGAAUAUCCACUUUCUCUACCUGGCGAUAUGCGAACGGUUUGCAUCAUUGAACUUCAUCAGCUACGAGGCAGGCAAUUUCCGCUUUGCUAUUGACAAUGUAAUGACGGUCGAUGAAAUUGUUACAAAUAGAAUUCCGUCCAUCAUGACCCGACUACAAGGCUGGUUCGCGGCGUGGGACGAAAUUCAUAAGAGCAAGUUUUCUCCAAGCUGGAUUCGAGAUUUCAUAACUGACCGAGACAUGAAGACAAUGGUUUCCACGAAGGGGCCUUCCAACGCAAAAUUACAGCCAAUUUACACAGAUUCGAGUUCCGAAACCCUGGAUCAGAAUGUUGUUGAACUGUGGCGGUCUUUGGUAACGACAAUCAUGGACCAAUUGGGAUUUUUGAUCAACGAGCCCUCUUAUCGUUGCCAAUUAACAUGGUCACCAACAUACCCAGCUUUGACCAUUGCGUUUGUUACAACAUUCGCUCUCAGAAUAGCCAGAUGGCGUCCAAAUUUAAUCAAUCAAAACCUCUUACUAGAAAGAGCAGAAAAAAUCUGCGACUUCUUGAAACAACCCCCGUACCCUGACAUCCACCGAACGGUCUCGAUCUUUGUCAACUACGCACGUGCUUUGAUUGCUAGCCAGCGUCCACAAAGUAGCGAUGGUGCAGAUGCGCCCAACAUGUCCGAUCAAGGUGACGGGCCACAUCCGUCAUAUUGUGAUGGCCCUAUGGUGGAUGCACCUGCUCCACCAGCAGUGGGUCCCCUCGACGAUCGCUAUAAGCACGGUCUUAACACACAGACAGAUAAGGAUUCAAAUAUGGUCUCAAUGCCAAGUGGCGAUACAUCUGCACCCAGACCGCCCCUCUCUCGGCUACCCGGCACGAUGGAGGCACCGAACUGGACUGUAUCAAACUCUAUUGCUGAUUCUUUUGGUCUUUUCGAAGAAGGACAGAACGAUAUCUUCGACUUCUUGCCCAUGAUGCCGUCGAUGCCACAAUAG